AUGACACGGCCUCAUCGUGUCUGUCUUAGUGGUUGGCUUAUGUCAUCAUUGGCACGGUUGCGUGUAGACGUUGGUUCGGCGGACGCGUCCACCUUCCAAGUACAAUUACCGCCCAGCUCAAGCUCAACGCCGUGCUACGCGUCGCGACCUUGUAAAUCUUUUCGGAGAACAAUCUGUGACCGUUACAAAUCUAUACCAAACGCAGAACAUCACUACGAGGUCCAAUUCCACAGCAACAUCAGGCAUUCCACCCAGUUACAAUUAUCAAGCUACAGUACUCAGGCCACCGCCGCCAGUCCAGACCGUGUCCAACAACCAGCCAGCCUUUAA